GUGUUAUCAGACGGAGAGUUUUCAAAUUGCUUUUCGUAAAUAUGUACGUUAACAUGUCAAUGUUAACUCAAUAAUUAGUUAUCAGUUCAGUAACUUGACUCAGUCAAACAUUAUUUUUCCAGAAUAAAUCAAUAUGAAACUAUUGAUUAUAACUGUUACAAUCUUUUUUGUUGUAGAAGCUGAAAGUAAUCAUUAUCGAUGGAGACAUGACAAGGUUAGUCAAUCAAUUGUGAAUGAUGCCAUUCCAGUAUUUUUUGAUUGGAGGAACUUCAACGCCACAUUACCUCCAAGAGACAUGGGAAAUAGCACUAAAAGUUGGGCAUUUGCUGUUGCAUCUGCAAUAGAAACCGGACUUUUCAAUUACAAUGGUACUUUAGAAUACCUGAGUGUCCAAUAUUUGCUGGAUUGUGCUUUCACGCAAAAUGUAUUUGGUUUAUUUUAUCAUACUUCCCUCAAUGGAAUACCUUCUGAAGAAGCAUACCCUUACACAGGUGAAGAAGGACUUUGCAAGUGGGUUUCUUCAAGAGUAUUCACUUCAUACAGCUAUGUUUUCGGCAAUGAAACGUUGCUGCAAGAAAUUGUAGCUAAAACGGGACCGCUUACAGUCACCAUCGAUGGCAUCAACUUAGCCAAAUAUACGUCAGGAAUAAUAGAUGGAGCUACAUGCGAGCAAAAUGAAAAAAACUACAAAAGUCCAUGGAGUGCCGUAAUUAUAGGUUAUGGUUCAGAAAAUGGUACCGAUUAUUGGAUAAUGAAAAAUUCAUUAGGUACUACAUGGGGUGAAGAAGGAUACUUCAGACUGAAAAGAGGUGUGAAUGCCUGUGGAAUUACAAACGGAGCGUGGACUUCAGCAGUGGUAGGACACACAGUUGAUGAAUAAGAUUUAAUUCGGUGUAAUUGAGAACCAAAAAUUUAAUAAAAUUCGACGGUGUUCACAU